CUGGUUGGAUUUUUUUCUCUUUUUCUUUCUUCCCAAUUCUUCGAAUUUUUUCUUUCAUGCAUUUACUGUUUCUUAUACAUUGUGUUUUCAAGCGGCAGCAACAAUGAGCAAUAUUUUGGCAACCCUGAUUUUACUUCAUGGUCUCUGGAAAUGACAGCUUUCAGUGCUACAUAUGUAGAGUGGAUUUUCAUGCUGCGUAACGCCCAUAACAAACAUCAUGUUUUGUCAUCAUCACACACUCACUCACUCAAUCACUCGCGUUACUGAUGUGGUGAAGCCACUAUCAAUGAGUGUCAAAUGAUUAGAGUCCUCCCCAUUGAACUUUGGACCAUUUUUUUAAAGCCUAUUUGACCUGACUUUCCUCGCCACCUGACUAUACCUUCGUGUCAAUUACAACUCUGUAACCUUUACAAGCUUGACAAAACAUCCCACGCAUCUGUGCCAUAGACAAGUCACACCGAACACUCGUUCAGUCCCACCAUUAGAUUGAUACAGGAUGGACUCUUGUGUGCCAUUGCCCAUGGAGCCUAAAGUGCUCCAAGAGAUCACUGAAAAGGCCAAGGAUUAUGCCUUGAUGCACGGUAUCUGUAUGAGACGCAAGGACGCCUUUGAUCGGGAUGCUUUGCACUUUGCACCCUUUCUCCUGUUGCCUUCGGCUUUUCCCAAGGGAGAAUUUGAGCGUGCCUGCCAGCUCCAGACCAUCUUGAAUGAGCUGAUGCACAAAGUGGCGCAUGACCGAGAGUUUCUGAUUGCCACUUUGGCACAAACCGUGAAAGUGGAUGAAUUCACGAGACGUCUGGUGGACAUUUACAACACGGUCGCCCAAGAGGGCGUGGCUCAGCCCUUGAGCUUAGGUCUGCUGAGGUCUGACCUUAUGCUCAAUGUGGGUCCUUGUGACGGGCCAGCCUUCUGCUGUUGGCAUCAAGUUGAGAUCAACACAAUUGCCUCCGGGUUUGGCUGGCUGGGACCGGCGUCCGGGCUCAUCCAUAGGUUUGUUUUGGGAGAGCUUGGACGCAAGGAUCUUUUGGAUCGCAUCCCGGAGAACAACUCCUUGUCUGGUUUAUCCGGUGCCAUGUUGGAAGCCCACAAAAUCUACAACCAGCCCAAGGCUGUCAUUCUUUUUAUCGUCGAGGAUGUGACCUACAAUAUUUGUGAUCAGAAGUUCCACGAAUUCAAGAUUCGAGAAAUGAAUCCUGAUGUCUUUGUCGAAAGGAAGACCUUAACCGAGGUCGCCAAUGAAGGUCACCUUGAUAACCAGAAGAGACUCUUUGUCGAUGGUAAAGAGAUCGCUGUGAUCUACUUCCGGUGUGGCUAUUCUCCGGAUCAAUAUCCGAGUGAGCGUGAGUGGGAUGCCCGUUUGAUGAUGGAACGUUCUAUGGCCAUCAAAUCGCCGAGUAUUCAUUAUCAUUUGGCUGGCACCAAAAAGGUCCAACAGGAGUUGGCACUCCCCGGGACCUUGGAGAGAUUCUGUGACGAUCCGGAAAAGAUCAAGAGUAUCAAGUCCAUUUUUACCGGUCUUUACACCUUGGACAAGGGUGAAGAAGGCGACAAGUCUGUGGCCAUGGCCAUGAAGAACCCCGAGCGAUUCGUGCUCAAGCCCCAACGUGAAGGCGGUGGUAACAAUACCUAUGGCGAUGACAUCCCUCCGUUCCUGGAGAGCAUCAAGGACAGUGAGGAGCGGAACGCAUACAUCCUCAUGGAUCGAAUCCUCCCGCCCAAAACCAUGAACUACGUGGUCCGACCUGGGCAUGAAAAGGCCGAAUUGAAGGAAGUGAUCAGCGAAUUGGGCAUAUUCGGCUACGUCAUUGGGGACCAGAACAGGAUCAUCUCGAAUCAUCAAGUGGGACACAUGCUUCGGACCAAAUUGAGCCAUGUGAACGAAGGGGGCGUGGCCGCUGGUUUGGGAGCCCUGGAUUCGGUGUUCUUGGUGGAUGUGGAAAAAUGCUGCGAGGCACCCUGCACGGACUUGGAUGGGUGUUGCCAAUAGUAGUAAGGGAAAAAAAGUGGCAAAUAUGUAGAAAGAUGAACAACAACUCCACUGGAAGCAUUUCGUGACAUGAUGACGACUCCUCAAGUUGCCCCCAAUAUAACGUUUCACAAUCACUACGUUCAUACUACCUA